ACUCCACCCCGUAACGUCAGCGGGGUCCUUUCAACCAUGGUAAUCUAACGAGGGCCCUUAAAUUAAGUGGUAUAUGGUCACUCUGUCUUUUUCAAGAGGCGAAACGUAACCCUAACAUGAAUUCUGCUGUUGUAAAUUUGUUUAUUGAAAAUUUUAGCUUCUGUUGUUUACGAACCCAAGGAAUUACCCGUUAUGUUUCAAGAUGCCAGAACCUCAGUCCUACUUGCUUUCCUUUGAUAAAGGUCACCACGGCAGUUAGAAAUCUUUCGUGUAGUACAUGCUGUCUGAAAGGUAAAGGUUCGAGACGCAACCUUCCGGACUGGGAGUUUAAUCAGCAUCUUUCUGAUUCCGAGAUGGGCUCUGAAGAUUCUGGAACUGACCCUUUAGAGCUAGCAGUGCAGGAGGAGAUCCGGGAUGAAAAAAGGAGGCAGAAAGCAAUUCUGUUCCACAGAAUGAGAAGAGAGUUUGAACCACGUGGCCCACCAGAGAGGACACUAACAUGGCAGGAAAUAAAACAAAUCAGGUUUUUAAAGCAGGAAUUGCCAGAAGAGUGGACAGUGGCACGCCUGGCUGAAGGGUUUAAUGUGAGUCCUGAUAUUAUACAUAGAAUUUUAAAAAGCAAGUUUUUACCAGAGCUUGAGAGACAGAAGAAACAGGAUUCCAAAAUAAAAGCAGCCACUGUAAAUAAAGAAACAAAAUUAGUCGCCCCAGGAAGUGAACGUAGGAAGCAGCUACCUCCAGGAAUGCAGCAGCUGUCAGCCAGUCAGACAGCUGUUACUAUCAGUGAAAAGCACAAAGAACGUUCUAAAAUGAAUGUGUAUAAAGAGAAACAGGUAGGUUUGAAUGUGUCAUUAAUGACUUCCGCAUUACAGCAAACAACAGCUGUUGGUCAGACCAUAAAAACUGGAACAAGUGCCUCAUUGAUGGACAGUGGAGUUAAACUCAAGCAGUCUAAAAUGCAAGAAGGCAGUAUUGUGCAAGACAGACUCUCAGAUGAGUUUGUGGAUCCACAGGAAGUGGAAAAUGAAAUUCAGAACGAGGAGGUAUGGGAUGGGAUGGUCCUAUGUGAAGAAGAAUUGGAACUACUUGCAGAAAGCGGAGUAGGUGACAAAACUGAAGUUGUUCAGAAGGGGAAUGAAUUUUAUGACAGCAGUGGAGUUUUUCUGUACAGAAUCUGAAUGCAUUUUCAAAAUAUUUUGAGACUCUAAUUAGGAAGGGUUUACAAUUGUAGAUUUUUUCAUUCCGGACCCUCAGUUCCUCCACAGAAAUGAAGAUUGAUGAGACCCUGAAACUCAUCAUCAGAAGUGAUGAGAGUGGGCACCAUGAAAGAUUGCAGAUAAUGAAUGGUGGAAGAGGGGAAUUUUAAGAAUCACAGAUGCGGUAUACUGUGGACAGGUUGGCGUAAAGACCACAGUCUGUUGGCCACUUUCCUGAUACUGUCUACUGUAUUUACAGAUGUGUGUGUGAAAUUUGAGUCUUGACACGUGAGAAAGUCACCUGUUUUCUAAGGGGUACAGCACAUCACCUUUCUUGUGUUAAUUAUUAGAAAACAGUUAACAUUAAACUAAGAAAAUGCUUAGUGCACUAGUCAGAAAUUGAUGAAUUUUGUGCCUCUUCUCACACUUACAUGACCCCUACUUAGCUUUGAAAGCUGAACAUAUCAUGUACAGAACUGUCCUUUUAGAGCUGUGCUUCAACAAGAACUUCAUUGUAUAAAAUGCAAAUUAAGACAGCAAAUUGGAAUAUGUAAAAACAGAACAUUAUACUUUCAGCUGUGUUGGUUUAUAAUAUUUUUGAAUAAAGUGUAAUUACAUAUUACUAAAAGCAUUAAUAA